CCUUCUCCAUCCAGCGGCGGCAGCACUGAGCUCCUGAACUCCAGUCAGAUAGAAGAAGAUACAAUGAGCUGUUUGACCCGCGCCAGUUUAAACCAGUUCACCUGAGCUCAGCCAGUUUCAUGAGUCCUCAUCCGUGUGACGUCAUCACCCACCCAGCGAACCACAGUGAGACCUCCGUCCGUCCUCCGCGCCGCCUCGGUCCCCCUCGGUCCCUCGGUCCCCCGGCCGCCUCGGUCUCUGAAGUGGUGCUAACAGGUCACAACAAAGAACAGCAGUGCGCAGCCGCGGUCCGCCAUCCCGUUGCUAAGGAGACGGUUUGUUGUUUCUGAUCCACGAGCAUCUCCAGCUUCAGACCAGACAGGACCGACAAACACGCGGACCAAACAGUACGAAGCCACACUGGGAACGAGACGAACAGGGUUUACAUCCACAGGCAGGCGGAGGUGAUUGGACAACGGGGAACAGACACAGGUCAUGGCGGGGUCCGAUGAUGUCAUCGACUUCUCGCUGCUCGAGGGCGAGCUGCAGGCGGCGGUCCGGACCGAGCGGCGCCACCACCGAGAGAACCAGGCCAAGCUGAGGGCCGUCAGCCAGGGGGUCUCCUACAGCCAGUUCAGGGACCUGGUCUCGAGCUGCCACCUGAACCCUCUGGGGAGGAGCGAUAAAGACGGAUCUCCUCGGAACCAGCCCUGGAACCCGGUCGCCCCGGACAACAAGCCCUGGAACCCGGUCGCCCCGGGCAACCAGCCCUGGAACCCGGUCGCCCCGGACAACCAGGGAGGACGUUGAUGAGGCGGGUCACAUUAAAGAAUCACUUUUCA